GACCCCAUCGGCCGCGAUCGGCCUCUGCGCCUCUGCGAGAAGGGCCCCAUCAAGAUCCCCCCGAAGCCUCCGGAGUCCCCGCUCAAGAGCGCCCCGAAGGAGGUCUGGGGCGGCGUCUGGAAGCGCGCCCUUUCAAAGCCUUGGGACCGAGAGGUGCCCCAGGUCAUCCUUGAGGGGCGGGCCCCAGGGGGAUGCCUGAAAUAUUGCCUUCCAAGUGUGGGGAAAUUCAGGGCCACCCACGUCGUUCUCAACGAUUCCAUGGCCGCUUUGCUGGCCCUGCUCAAGGGCCGCUCUUCCUCGGGUCAGCUUCAGAGGAUAUGCAGACUGGUUGCCGCGCUGUCGCUGUGCAGCGGCCGUGGCGCGGCGCGGCGCUGGGUUCCGUCGGGGCACGACAGCGCCGACCCAGCUUCGCGGAACCGCCCCGGGCUGACUGCCGAGGCUGACCGCGCAGCCGCCACCGAUGUCGCGGGCCGCGCCGCUGAGCUGCUCGUCGGGCGGGGUGCUGAGGGGGGCGUCGCCUGGGCUGGCGCCUGGAGCGGCGGCCGCGUGGCGGCCGCGGCAGGCCCCGGCGUCGAGGCGAACCGCUUUCGCCGCGAGGUCGCGCCCCCCUCGGCCCGCCGUGGAGAGCGACCGCCGAGCAGCGAGACGCCUCCAGCGCCGCCGGGGCCACAGUCGAGACAUCACCCCGAGGCCAAGCGCGGACCGGCCGUUCGCGGAGCAGGAGUCGGCGUCGGCCCCUCCCGGAGGGACAACCCCAGGAGGGCCAUCAGCCUCAACCUUUGGGCCCGACGCUCGCAGCUGCCGAUCGAGACGCUGCCGCAGCUGGACGAGGCGCCGGCGGUCUACUUCCACGAGCAGUUCUUGAAAGGCGAGGAGAGCGCCGACACCUGGAGGACGUUCGCGGCGCUGAGCUUCUCGGGCCACCACCUGGGCUUGAAGUGCAGCAGCCUGCCGCGGGCCACCCGGGCUGCCAGGGGCUGGAGGCGCCUGGCCCCGCCUCGCCCACGGCUGCCGCUGCCGCGGGCCGCUCGCUGCCAGAUCAUCCGCCAGCUGGUCUCGAUGAGCAAGAGGGCGCUCGCGGAGCUCACGGCGGAGGGGGCCCCCCUCUUCGACGUGAGCGACAGCGAGUGGAACGCCAAGUUCGCGGUGGCCGCCAGGGCCAGCGGGCCUCAGCCUCUGCCCCUGCUGACCCUGCACCAGCUGCGCCACGGCGGCGCGGGCCGCGAGCUGCUGGCCAGUUCUCGCGCGCAAGACAAGGUGCAGAAGAGGGGGCGGCGGGUCACCGACCAAGCCGCGCGCAGGUGCGCCGAAGGAGGGCGGAUCCAGGAGCCGCUGAAUUCGCUCCCAGACGCCAUCCAGCACCCUGCGACGUUGGAAGGGUUCAGCGGCGGUGGCAACUCGUCGAGAGCGCUUCGCAUCGUGAUCAAGGGCAUCGCUAGCUUCGAGCUCGACACUGUCAACGUGCUGCCGCCGACUCACUGA